AACAGCUGAUCUCUACGGACGCCCUUGAUAAUGCCGACCCGACCCUUGCCUAACUGAAUGACACAAAGAGCAGUUCAGCUUUCAAUCUACUAAAUUAGCAGGCAAUGCUGAAAGCAACAUUUCCUUCCAUUAUCGAUCGCCUUGCAGAGUCCUGGUUAGCAUCUGCGUCAGCGUAUACCCCCGCCGCGACCAGCACGGCCACGGUCACGAGCAAUCCCGAUACCACCGAACGCCUAUAUGCCAUCCGGAGUUGAUCUGGCAUCAUUGUCGGCCUGCCCCCGACCAUGAACAGUGAAACUUCUACUUUGAACCCAAGCUCUUCCAGCCAUCAUGCUUCCACCGUCGUUAGCCGCGCUUCAGCUUCCCGGACAGCCCCUUCAGGCGGGAUCAACUCCUCGACUGCCCGCACAGCGUCUACGAUGCGGCCCCGCUUCCGGAAUAGCACGAUGAAUACAGGAUUAAGUAUGGAUGGCGAGCUUGGGUUUGAUGACUCGACACCAGAUAGCAGUGCAGCUAGUUCUCGGUUUGGGUCAUACUUUAACUCUGCCGACCCCUCGCGAGCCGCAUCACCGAUUCCUGGUCAACACCUGCCUCGAAUCGGCUCUACGGGGAAGCUCGGACACUCUGUGGAUGUAGGGAGCAGAGGCAGUAGGGAUGAAGCCAGAUCAAGUGGGCUCAGAGCAUUUAGCGCUUCGCCUAUGCGGACUUCGGGGAUCUGGGAGCAGUCGUGGACCAAGCUGCAAGGUAUCGCCUCCAAUGUGCUAGGGAGCGAUGCACUGCGCAGUGGAACAGCUUCACCAGUGGGAUCUCCAGCACCGUCCUCUCGGCGGAGAAAAGACUUUGCGCGUGCGCGCAUUGGGUACAGCGCUCCGCCGUCAAAAUGGGGCCCAGAAGCCCCGGACCGAAGCUUUGUUGGGACAGGGACUCGACAGGAUCGAGAGGAGGCAGUUCGCGUGAAGCGAAGAGAAUACAUGCUUUCUGCUAAUCAGCAUGUACUCCCUGAUACGAUGGGAAAUUUCAAACGGCGUUCUUCAGACGACCGAGGGUCUGCUUCUGUUCCGCCAAUGGAGCAGGAAGACAGAGAUGCUCUAGUUUAUAUUCAUCAUGUUCAACCGCAGGACACCUUGGCAGGUGUGUUGAUUAAGUAUGACUGUCAAGCGCCCGUCUUUCGCAGAGCCAAUCGAUUUUGGCCCAACGACAGCAUUCAGACCCGAAAUACGGUGGUUUUGCCAGUUGACGCCUGCAGGGUGAAAGGUCGCCCGGUUCCGAGCCCUUCUGAGUCAACUGCUUUGCUCGGAGAUUUGAUACCGAUGGACCAAGAGCUUGUAUCUACUAGUGGGAGCAAUGUAGCAGGCUCUCGGAACGAUACUCCUCGACAGCCUCCGCCAGCAUCCGAGACAACCUCCGUUGCGUCCGCUCAAACGCUAGACCGCCGGGAAGAUUCUCCAUGGAUUCAUGAAUCCUGGGUGCAAAUAGAUGGCCAUCCUGGCCCCACCGAAAUUGCUCGCAUGUCGCGCAAAACCUUAGGGUUCUUCCCUCCCAGCCGACGGAAAUCCGUGUCCUAUUCUGAUCUUGAUACGCCAUCUACUUCCCUCGAUCUCCCACGUCUCGGUCACGCGAAUGCUACUGUAUCAAAUGCCCCUCCAAUAAGAAAGAUAUCACGAACUCCGUCAAUUUCAUACUUUCCGCCUAAUUUGCAAGGACCCGGCGGAGUAGGCACACUAGGAAAGGACGUCACCACACCUGGACCGGCGCAGGACCCGUUAAACAAACUCUUUGCGGCGCAUCUGCCUAACAUGGCGCCGGGUUCUCCAUUUGACCCUCAUACGGCAACCUCUCCACUUAAUGGCAUUGAGAACGUGGGAUCUGCAAUUGAAGGGUGGGUGCGAAAAAUGGCUACUCGCGCGGCCUCUUUUGUCGAGCCUCCUGGCACUGCACGUCCGGAACUCGGAGAUCUAAUUGAGCUAAGCAAUGCAUCUUCUGUAAAUACAAUCGAGGAAGACGAUAAUGGCAACCAUUCGGUGGAGAUAUGCCAAGCAACUCCAGCUGUGGAGCUACGGAGUGCCGCCUCUGCUUCCGCACAAGAAGCGCCACCACGAGGUCGGUUACGUCAGGUAGCAGACAGGAAAAAGGAGGAUUGAGCGACACCACACUGGCGUGUUCGGCGUAUAGAUUUCCCACGGCUUUUUUCCCUUCUUGAUUCCCAUGGUGCGCAAACAGUUUUUGGGACGUCAACAUUCUAUUUCCAUCCAUCAAGCUUUGCGUCGAAUUGUUUUUCAGUCCUGCCUUAUUUCACCUCGGUGUUUGGAGAGUAUCUCAUUUUCUUCGACCUGCAGCGUCACUUAGAUCCUAUGCAUAUGUGACCGUUUAUUUUAAGUUGGGUGGACAUUUUCUUCCUAGAUGGGUUUCGCAUUUCAAGCGGUUCAACGGGAAAGAAAAUCCACACAGGGUUCCCUAAUUUUUAAGGCGGUCUCAUUCUAUACAAAUAUAAUAUUUUAGGUAUAACUGGAAAAGGAAAUAUGAAGAUUCACACCAGAG